AUGAGUCCCAAGUGUCAGAUAAUUAUAAACGGCCUAAGAGAAGGACAUUUGAUAGCCGGGCAACGUGUGACAGGAACAGUGAAGUUUGCUAUCUAUAAGACAAUUCGGUACGACAGUAUUGAUAUUUUAUUCGUGGGCUGUGGACAGUGUUAUUUUACAAGUGAACUUUUAGAUGGAGAAUAUGAAACAAUUACGCUCAGCAACGAGGAACGGUAUGUCUUCAUCAACAAGAAUUUAUUUAAACCAGCUGAAGACCAGAUGUUUGAGCCUGGAGAUUAUGAAUACCCAUUUGAGUUUUCGCUCCCAGAUGAUGUACCAUCGUCAGUUAAGACUGCCUCUUGUGACAUACAGUACAAAAUUUUCGUGAAAUUUUCACGAAAAGGAACUUUUAUCUCUAAAAGUGAAAAUGAUCUUACAGUGCCUGUUUAUGGAUAUGUGAAGCCCUGCAGUCGACAGCCAUUAACCUUUAAAGUCGAGAAAAAACUACUUUCCUUCAAUCCAAACAAUAAGAUCACAGUAAAGGGAGAAAUAGACAGAACAUGUUUAAAACCAGGCGAUAGCAUUCAUCUGACGAUGACGGUGACGAAUGACUCAAAUGUCGACAUUUAUAUCAAAAGUCAGCUCGUUUAUUUCAACACUUAUAUAUCUAAAGGGGAAUCUCCCUCUAAACACAUUGAAAAAGGGAGCAUACCAGGGACCAAAGAAACUUCUCCUACUAUAAGGGCAAAUAGUGUGUUAGAACUAGAAAGAACUAUACCAAUACUUGAUACGUUAUAUUCGAUACAAAAUUCGAAGAUAAUGGUCGGAGAAUUUAAGGUUAAAGUGACGGUUAAAGCACCUUUUCCUCAUGGUAAAGCAUAUGCACGAGUCCCAGUAGUGAUUGGAUGGAGAAAAGAAGAACACGAGAGUCUUAUCCAGCGUGAUCUGCCACCUUCAUAUUCAGAAGCUAUCAGAGGAAAUAAUUAG